AUGAGGUUGCUGAUCUUCCUGGGUCUGCUGUGGAGUAUGGUGGCCACACCUUUGGGCUCCAAGUGGCCUGAGCCUGUAUUCGGGCGCCUGGUGUCCCCUGGCUUCCCAGAGAAGUAUGACAACCAUCAGGAUCAAUCCUGGACGCUGACUGCACCCCCCGGCUACCGCCUCCGCCUCUAUUUCACCCACUUCGACCUGGAACUCUCUUACCGCUGCGAGUAUGACUUUGUCAAGUUGAGCUCAGGGACCAAGGUGCUAGCCACGCUGUGUGGGCAGGAGAGCACAGACACUGAGCGGGCGCCAGGCAAUGACACCUUCUACUCGCUGGGUCCCAGCCUAAAGGUUACCUUCCACUCCGACUACUCCAAUGAGAAACCAUUCACAGGAUUUGAGGCCUUCUAUGCAGCGGAGGAUGUGGACGAAUGCAGCGUGUCCCUGGGGGACUCAGUCCCUUGUGACCACUAUUGCCACAACUACCUGGGCGGCUACUACUGCUCCUGCCGAGCGGGCUACGUUCUCCACCAGAACAAGCACACCUGCUCAGCCCUUUGUUCAGGCCAGGUGUUCACUGGGAGGUCUGGGUACCUCAGUAGCCCCGAGUACCCGCAGCCGUACCCCAAACUCUCCAGCUGCACCUACAGUAUCCUCCUGGAGGACGGCUUCCGAAUCAUCCUGGACUUCGUGGAGUCCUUCGACGUGGAGACGCACCCCGAAGCCCAGUGCCCCUAUGACUCCCUCAAGAUUCAAACAGACAAGAGGGAAUACGGCCCAUUUUGUGGGAAGACACUGCCCCACAGGAUCGAAACUGACAGCCACAAGGUGACCCUCGCCUUUGCCAGUGAUGAGUCGGGGAACCACACCGGCUGGAAGAUACACUACACAAGCACGGCACAGCCCUGUCCUGAUCCAACGGCGCCACCUAAUGGCCGCAUUUCACCUGUGCAAGACACGUAUGUCCUGAAGGACAGCUUUUCUGUCUUCUGCGAGACUGGCUUCGAACUUCUGCAAGGCUCUGUCCCCCUGAAAUCAUUCACUGCUGUCUGUCAGAAAGAUGGAUCUUGGGACCGGCCGAUGCCAGAGUGCAGCAUUAUUGAUUGUGGCCCUCCUGAUGACCUCCCCAAUGGCCAUGUGGACUAUAUCACAGGCCCUGAUGUGACCACCUACAAAGCUGUGAUUCAAUACAGCUGUGAAGAGACUUUCUACACAAUGAGCAGCAGUGGUAAAUAUGUGUGUGAGGCUGAUGGAUUCUGGACGAGCUCCAAAGGAGAGAAACUCCUCCCGGUUUGUGAGCCUGUUUGUGGGCUGUCCACCCGCACUACAGGAGCACGUAUUGUUGGAGGGCAGCCUGCAAAGCUUGGUGACUUUCCUUGGCAAGUCUUAGUCCUGGGUGAAACUACAGCAGCGGGUGCGCUGAUCCAUGACAACUGGGUCCUAACAGCUGCUCAUGCUGUAUAUGGGAAAGCAGAGGCAGCGUCCUCCCUGGACAUCCGCAUGGGCAUCCUCAAAAGGCUCUCACCUCAUUACACUCAAGCCUGGCCCGAGGCUGUCUUUAUACAUGAGGAUUACACUCAUGGUGCUGGUUUCGACAAUGAUAUAGCACUGAUUAAACUCAAGAACAAAGUCACAGUCAACAGAAGCAUCAUGCCUGUUUGCCUACCAAGAAAAGAAGCUGCAUCCUUAAUGAGAACAGAUGUCACUGGAACUGUGGCUGGCUGGGGGUUAACCCAGAAGGGGUUUCUUGCUAGAAGCCUAAUGUUUGUGGACAUACCAAUUGUUGACCACGAAAAAUGUACUGCUGCAUAUGAAAAGAAGCUCUACCCAGGAGCAAAAGUAACUGCUAACAUGCUCUGUGCUGGCUUUGAAACUGGUGGCAAGGACAGCUGCAGAGGCGACAGUGGGGGGGCAUUAGUCUUUUUAGAUAAUGAAACACAGCGAUGGUUUGUUGGAGGUAUAGUUUCCUGGGGUUCCAUUAACUGUGGGGAGGCAGAGCAGUAUGGGGUCUACACAAAAGUUAUCAACUAUAUCUCCUGGAUUGAGAACAUAAUAAAUAAUAAAUAA